UGCUAUUGGCCAGCUCAUGUCACGUGAUCAAAACAGUGUCAUGGCGGCGUCCGCAGCGGUCCGGGCGGGCGUGAGUUUCACUCAGCGGUUCGUGCGAGUUUCCCCGGACUGCAGCAUCUGCCCGCUUCACCGGUUAAAGAUGUGUACGGGAGCCGUUGUUGGACGAGCUGUCGACGGGUUCUCCGCUCCCAACAGGCGCCUACAGACCAGCAUCGGUGUGUGUCAGAGUGAAGCCAGCAGCUCACCCGAGGAGGACACACUCGAGCAUGUUGUUAAUGUUGUGUACAUCGACCGGUCCGGGCAGAGGAUUCCAGUCAAGGCGAAGGUUGGCGAUAAUGUUUUGUAUCUGGCGCACAAGCACGGCAUUGAUCUGGAAGGCGCCUGUGAAGCGUCUCUGGCCUGCUCGACGUGUCACGUGUACGUGAACAGCGAAUACUGCGAUAAACUUCCAGAUCCUGAUGAAAGGGAGGACGAUAUGCUGGACAUGGCUCCGCUGCUGCAGGAGAACUCGCGGCUCGGCUGCCAGAUCGUCCUCACGCCGGAGCUGGACGGCAUCGAGCUCACGCUGCCCAAGGUCACCAGGAACUUCUACGUGGACGGACACGUGCCCAAACCCCACUGAGCGCCGGGUCCCGACGGAGAGGUCCAGCGAGGCCAGGGGUACAGAUCGCAAAGCACUGUGGGAUACCGACACCGAGGCUGUUCGUAAGCGGCCCGUGUGGAGAAUCUGUCGAACGCUGGCGCUCUGCUGACGUCGGGUGUUACACAAGGACUCGGUGUGUCUGUUCAUUAUUCUUCAGUCUGAUUUACUUUAUAGAUGGGAUAUUUUUGGCUUAGAUGCACCGAACACUUCAACAUCCAAGACCGGUUUCUGUUGUAUGAUUAAAAUUAGCCUAUUUCAAGAUUGUUUUUUGCCAUUGUGACAGUUUUAUGAUGAUUACGCUCAUGUUUCCCAUGACUCUCGAUGGCUUACUGUACUGCAGGAACUAAUUACUAUUUUCCAAAUUUUAUUGAUAUCCACAUUACUGUUCACAAGUGUGGGGUCUUGAAGACUUUUAACGUUUGUGAAAGAUGUUUCUUCAAAAAUACUGUGAAAUAUUACUACAGUGUAUAUCA